UUUGUUUUCAGCUGAACGCCAUUAACUCCAAAUUCCCAGUCUAAACAGUCCUCACCUCACUCCAAACCUUUGAAACAGCCACACAGACAGACAGACACACAAGUAGACAAACCCAAAUCCUACUUUAUUCCAUCCCCAUGUGAAGAAAAAAAAAAUACAGUCUUUUUCCAACCAGCGAAAAUCCCUUCAAACACCCGAAACCUUUAAAACAAAAGUACAAACCCGCUCCCAUUAAAACUAAACAAAACUAGUCCUUUUUCUGUAACUUUUAUCUGUAUCUUCUCUCUCUCUCUCUCUCUCUGUGUCUGAGAGAGAAAAAGAAAAGAAAAGAAAAGCAGACAAACAAAACAAAGACAGAAAAAACUCUUUAACACAUCUCUCUCUGUUUGUUUGGUUUUGUUAAAACUUAAAAGAGGAAAUGUCGAGUCCGACUCCCGGAGCGUCUCCGGCGCCCUCGUCACCUCCGUCGAACAACACCGCCUCACCACCACCAGCCACUCCCUCAGCUCCACCACCAGCCACUCCCUCAGCUCCUCCUCCAUCCACGAACACCACCGCCUCUCCUCCGCCACCAACACCAGUCACUCCAUCAUCAUCGCCACCACCGCCAUCAUCCACUAACACCACCUCUCCCCCUCCAUCGACAGCCCCUCCCUCCACUCCAACUCCCACACCUCCCUCCUCAUCAUCUCCAACCCCUCCUUCAACUCAAAGCUCUCCUCCUCCUCCUCCGUCGAGUUCUAAUAACUCGCCCCCGAGUACUCGGAGCCCUCCGCCGCCACCUUCUUCCUCCAAUACGACGCCGUCUACUUCGUCGAGUGGGAUAUCUACCGGGGUAGUGGUGGGGUUAGCGAUAGGUGGGGUGGUGAUACUAGUGGUGUUGAGUUUAUUGUGCAUUUGUUGUAAAAAGAAGCGGAAACGCCGUGACGACGAAGACUACUAUCCUCCUCCACCGCCUCCUGGGCCCAAAGGUGGCCCUUACGGUGGUCCACAACAGCAUUGGCAGUAUAAUGCUCCCCCACCUUCCGAUCAUGUUGUUGGAGCGAUGCCCAAACCCUCUCCCCCUCCAGCAGUUGCAUCACGACCGCCAUACUCCCCGGUAAAUGCUCCUACCUCACCGAAGCCCCCACCACCACCGCCGCCACAAUACCUGAGCAGCAGUGGUGGUUCCAACUAUUCAGGGUCUGAAAAUCCUCAACCACCACCUCAUCCAGGAGUGGUCUUAGGUUUCUCAAAGAGCACUUUUACAUAUGACGAAUUAGCUAUGGCAACGGAUGGCUUCUCAGAUGCCAACCUCCUUGGACAAGGUGGAUUUGGGUAUGUGCAUAGAGGGGUCCUUCCAAAUGGGAAGGAAGUAGCGAUCAAGCAGUUGAAAGCUGGAAGUGGGCAGGGGGAGCGCGAGUUUCAGGCAGAAGUCGAGAUAAUUAGCAGAGUACAUCACAAGCACCUUGUUUCAUUGGUUGGGUACUGUAUUGCUGGGGCCCAGAGACUGCUUGUUUAUGAGUUUGUUCCAAACAAUACUUUGGAGUUCCACUUACAUGGGAAGGGGCGACCAACUAUGGGUUGGCCGACCAGACUUAAAAUUGCUUUAGGAGCUUCUAAAGGACUGGCAUAUCUUCAUGAGGAUUGUCAUCCCAAGAUCAUUCAUCGUGAUAUCAAAGCAUCUAAUAUUCUUUUAGAUUUCAAGUUUGAGGCAAAGGUUGCAGAUUUUGGACUUGCAAAAAUUGCUUCUGAUGCCAAUACUCAUGUCUCCACCCGGGUGAUGGGAACUUUUGGGUAUCUGGCUCCAGAGUACGCUUCAAGUGGGAAACUCACAGACAAAUCAGAUGUUUUCUCCUUUGGUGUCAUGCUUUUGGAGUUGAUCACUGGACGCCGACCUGUUGACACAACCAAUACUUUCAUGGAGGAUAGUUUGGUAGACUGGGCGAGGCCUUUGCUCUCACGAACCUUGGAAGAUAGAAACUUUGAUGAUCUGGCUGAUCCCAAACUGAAAAAUGAUUAUGACCCCAAUGAGAUGGCUCGCAUGGUUGCUUGUGCUGCAGCUUCUGUGCGUCAUUCAGGACGGCGUCGACCACGAAUGAGCCAGAUUGUUCGUGCUUUGGAGGGAGAGGCGUCUCUAACUGAUCUUAAUGAAGGAAUCAGACCUGGGCACAGCACUCAAUACAGUUCUUAUGGAAGCUCAGACUAUGACACAAGCCAAUACAAUGAGGACAUGAAAAAAUUCAGGAAGAUGGCAUUGGGAAGCCAGGAGUAUGGUGCCAGUAGUGAGUAUAGUGGACGAACCAGUGAGUAUGGUUUGUACCCUUCUGGGUCAAGCAGUGAAGGCCACAACACUCGAGAAAUGGAGAUGGGAAAAAUGAAGAAAAGCAGUCUAGGUUUUAGUGGGGGCUCUUAAGAACUGAUGCCAUAUCUUUUUUUCCUGUAAAAACCCGCCCCCUUAUUUUUACUUUUGGUGUCAAAUUGAUUGCAGAAAUGUCAUGUUUUGCAUGAGUUAACAUUAAUUUCUUUUUCUUUUGAAAUUAUCGGUUUUCUACAUUGUAUUUAUCAAUAGUGCUUAUACAACAAAAUAACAGAGAAACUUGUUCCAAUUCUUUUA